AGGAAAUAAGAAAGAAAGAAAAGAAGAUGGAUGGGUAGUUCUACCUUCUUUAUAAUCUGCUUUUAUUAGCAAUGAAUAUAUUUAUCUUCCCCCUUCACUAUCCUCUUAUUCAUUGAUUUUCAUUUCAUUUCAUUUUAUAAUAAAAAUAAAAUAUUUAUAGAAGAAACCAACAGCCAUUGUCAAUUCUCUCAUCCUUAUAUAUCUAUACAAUCAUGACCCUUCAAAGGGAGACUGUUAUCUAGAAAUGGUGGUGUAGAUUUCAAUCGGUUUCUGGCACUGAAUAAGAUGCCUCUUUGUGAUCAUCUUCUUCUUGUUACUAUCGUUAUCAUCUUAACCCAUAGAUUUAAUCUCGUCUUGGGGAUGAACUAUACUAGCGAGCUUCGUCUCCAAAGGAUUCAGAAACACUUGGACCGCAUCAACAAGCCUUCUGUUUACACCAUUCAGAGUCAUGAUGGGGAUAUCAUAGAUUGCGUUCAUAAGAGAAAACAACCUGCUUUUGAUCAUCCACUACUCAAGAAACACAAGAUUCAGAGAAUUCGACCUGAAAUGCCAAAAGGCAUGAGAUUGAUGAAAAAGGAUGAUGGGGUGAGAGAAAUGAAUAGCAAUAGCAAUAGCAGCAGUAGCAAAGGAGGGGAGGGGGAGGAGGAUAAAAGGGCGUGGCAGACGUGGCAUGAAAACGGUCAACGGUGUCCAAAGGGAACAGUUCCGGUACGGAGGAGCACGGUGGCCGAUGUUCUAAGGGCCAAGUCCUUGUACAACUUCGGCAAGAAAACCCGCAAUUCAUUCCCUCUCUCUCUACGCCCCGACCCACCGGAAGUACUCGAUAGUGGCAACGGCCACGAGCAUGCAAUAGCAUACACGGGAGCAUCCGAAGAAGUAUAUGGAGCGAAGGCAACAAUAAACGUGUGGGAUCCUUCCAUCCAAGAAGUGAAUGAGUUCAGUCUCUCCCAGAUUUGGGUGCUAUCCGGAUCCUUUGAUGGCUCUGAUCUUAAUAGCAUCGAAGCUGGUUGGCAGGUUAGUCCGGAAUUGUAUGGUGACAGUAGGCCCAGAUUAUUCACAUAUUGGACGAGCGAUUCGUAUGAAGCAACCGGCUGCUACAAUCUUCUCUGCGCCGGAUUUAUACAAACAAACAGUAGGAUAGCUAUUGGAGCAGCCAUUUCUCCAGUGUCUUCAUCGGAUGGCAGCCAAUUUGACAUUACCAUACUUAUUUGGAAGGAUCCUAAACUCGGAAAUUGGUGGAUGAGUUUUGGAGACAACACUUUGGUUGGAUAUUGGCCAGUCGAGCUUUUCACCCACUUGGCAGAUCGAGCCACAAUGGUUGAAUGGGGUGGUGAAGUGGUGAACUCGCGACCAGAUGGCUUACACACGAGGACUCAAAUGGGUUCGGGUCGGUUUGCUGAUGAUGGGUUUGGAAAAGCAAGUUAUUUUAGGAAUCUAGAGGUUGUGGAUUCGGAUAAUAGCCUUAGCUCGGUUAGGGACAUUUCUAUUUUGGCUGAGAACACCAAUUGCUAUAAUAUUAAGAGUUCUUACACUAAGGAAUGGGGUACACAUUUUUACUAUGGAGGACCAGGCAGUGGAGAUAAUCCUCAGUGUCCAUGAUCAUGUCUUGUUUUAAAAUUAUUAUUUUUACUGCAAUGUACAAGUGGUAAUUAGUUAAUUAUUGCUAUUUACCAUAAUUCUUUCCUGGUGUCUAUUUCUAGAGUCUACUUUGUAUGAGGUUUUAGCUUUUAUUACAGUAAUAAUCACAUACAAUAUUGGCUAGCUCAACUUUAUAAUAUUUUGAUUUGCUUUUACUA